UCGCCGUCGCCUCCCACGGCCGGGCCGUUGGAUGCACUAGUUAGGCCCUGCUCCAGUCCUAAGCCUGUGCCACUUUCGCCGCUCUCCUCCCUUCCCCGUCGCGAUGCCGUCGUGCUGCGCCUAGGGCACAGUUGGCCGACUGACCAGGAGACCACCGGACCACCAGCGCUCGCCGUCGCGGUGCUCGGCCUCCUCUCCUCAGGCUUCGUUCUUGCACCUGCCCGCCGCAUCGGCCGAGCCGACAUGUGGCCGUCCCUCCGGCGAGCCUCCAGUGGCUUGAGAGACUGUGGUUGCCAGGUGUUGUCUCAACUACUUCCAUUUGGGUAUCCAGAAACUGUUCUCCCCUUGAUUCGGAGAUUUUCUGCAGAGUCGACUGAAAGGCUCACCAACAGCAAAUUUAAUAAUGAGUUCUUGGGUCAAGAUGCAGCCGUUCUGCCAGAUGACAACUUCGGUUACAAUGAUGAGCUCAGUAAUGGGAAUGGUACCAUUGAAGCUAACAUUUCGAAGUCUUGGAGUUUUAAUAUGGAUCACAGUGCUGAUCUAAAAUCAAAACAUAGAAUCCACAGGCCAUAUCUUUUCCAGACUGUGCUGGAUGCUCAUUCACUUUCUGUUAAGUCCGUGCUUGAUAAAUGGAUUGAAGAUGGUAACCAGCUUGAAAGAAAUGAAGUCUUGCUGGUUUUGUUUCACCUCAAGAAGCAGCGACUGUAUUGGAAAGCUUUCCAGUUUAUGGAGUGGAUAGAGAGAGGACAUCUACUCAAUUUUGAAGAACGUGACUAUGCUUGUCAUCUUGAUUUGAUUGCACGGAAUACUGGUAUUGAAGAUGCUCGAAAGUACAUUGACAGAGUUCCGAAACCCUUCAGGAAUGAGGUGCUGUACGAAACUCUACUAGUGAACUGUGUGCGUGCGAGAGAUAUCCAGAAAGCUGAAGAAGUCUUCAGGGAAAUAAGAGACCUCUCUUUACCCUUAACUGUCUCUGCUUGCAACCAAAUGAUAUUGUUGUACAAGAGAGUUGCUCGUACUAAGGUAGCUGAUAUAAUCAUGCUGAUGGAAAAGGAAAAUAUCAAACCCUCUCCCUUCACUUACAAACUCAUAAUUGACUUGAAAGGGCGGUCAAAUGACAUAUCAGGCGUUGAGGUGACCUUAAAUGAGAUGAAGGCCGCUGGUGUUGAGCCAGAUUUUGUUACGCAGACAAUGGUUGCAAAAUUUUACAUAUCUGGGGGCCUUAUAGAGAAAGCAAAAGCGGUUGUCAGUGAGAUAGAAAUGGAAUAUAUGAAGGAUAAACGGCAUGCUGUUAGAUCUCUUCUUCAUCUCUAUGCAGCCCUUAGCAAGCCAGAUGAGGUGGCGAGGAUAUGGAAGUUGUGCACGGAACCUAAGUUGGACGAUUUCAUGGCUGCAAUUGAGGCAUGGGGUAAACUUGGGUGUAUUGAGCAAGCAGAGGAGACCUUUGAGGCCAUGCUAGAAGCAACACAAAAGCUAUCUUCCAAGUAUUAUAAUGGGAUGCUGAAUGUGUAUGCAGAAAAUAAACUUAUGGACAAGGGCAAAAAGUUUGUUGAAAGGAUGUCUUUUGAUGGGUGUCCAAACGGCCCUCUAACCUGGGAUGCGCUUGUCAAGCUCUAUGUGAAUUCAGGUGAGGUUGCGAAAGCCGAUUCAUUUCUGCAGAAUGCAACAGAACAAAAUCCUGACAGAAGGCCUACUUACGGCUCUUACAUCUAUUUACUGAUGGCAUAUGCAAAAAUGGGUGACAUCUAUAAUGCUGAGAAGAUGUUUGACAGGCUGAAGAAUAUUAGGUACCCAGGAAGGAAACCACCUUAUCCUGUGUUACUUGAAGCUUAUGUCAAUGCCAAAGUUCGACCCCACGGGUUCAUAGAGAGAAUGAGAGCUGAUGGUGUACGUCCAAUCAAGAAAGUAAUGGAGCAUUUGAAGUUUCUUGGCAAGUUACCAAGAGGAGGUGUUCCACAACUAAUAGGCUGAAUUUUUGUCGUUCCUAUGAUGGAUUUCAUUUAGCAUUUCUUGGCAAGUUCCACAGAAAGGAAGAACUCCGAGCUGGUAAGACUGGAAAAACAGAAGAAUCCAUCAUGCCUUGUUUCUGUGAUGGAUUACAUUUAGCAAUUCUUGGUAAGUUCAACAGAAAGGAUGCAAACUUGGAUAGAAUGGGAAAAAUAAUAUAAAUAUCCAUCAUCUCUUGUUGAUUUGAAUCCGCUCUUGGUAUGCAUCAUGUUCUGAUGGUACAGGAUUUUCGAAGUUGUAAGCGAGUGAACUAGAGACUUAUCCUGUUUGACAACAUUUUAAUAAAGAGAAAUUAAAAGAUAUAGUUUUGUGGCC